AUGCUGCACCAGCAGCAGCACCAUUUCCAUGGAGGAGUGGCUAGCCUUCACUGCCUCUCAAAUCCGGACCAGGCAUUCAACGCUCACUACCACAGCAACAUGAUCGCCAUGCCGCCUACUCCGUUAUUCCACCACCUCUCGCCUUCUGCCUUUGAACAAGCUAUCCACGAAGCACCGGCGGCUGUCGUCGCAGCUGCCGGCAACAGUCCAGCCGGCUCCGGCAGUACCGAUGACGCCUACGGUGGCGGCCGCACGGCAAUGGCGGAGGCUGAGCGGAGGCGGCGGAGGAUGGUCUCCAACCGGGAGUCCGCCAGGAGGUCACGCAUGCGCAAGCAGCGGCAGCUCACCGAGCUGUGGGCGCAGGUCGUCCACCUCCGCGGCGCCAACCGCCGCCUCCUCGAUGAGCUGAACCGCACAAUGAGGGGCUGCAGUGACAUGUGCUGCGAGAACACCCGGCUCGAGAAGGAGAAGGCCGAUCUCAGUACCAAGCUCGAGCGCCUCACCCAGGCGCAGAACACCGCCACGCCAAGCUCCUCCUCAGAGCCGCAACAUGACACCGCUACUGAAUAA